AUGGAUCAAUCGAUGCUGGAUCUGAACGAUCCCCAUCGGAGACGUCAGCCUUUGAAAGAUGCAUCCGGAAGAAUCAACAAUGCGAGGUCUCCCAAGCCCGAGACACCAAGGGUCCACGUCGCGGAUCUUGAUCAGCUCAAGACUCCAGACCAGAUGUCCAUCAUGACUAGUCCGACUCCUCGGGACAAGGAGAACCACAGACUGUCGGUAGUCACCGACUUCCAAUCCGACUCGGCCCGCAACUCCGUUCUAUCGGCUGCAUCUAUUCUAUCGAAUAAAGGAAAACGCAAAACUCACGUUGGACCAUGGCAACUCGGGAAGACCUUGGGCAAAGGAGCAACCGGUCGUGUCAGAUUAGCCAAGCACGCCGUCACCGGACAGACCGCAGCUAUCAAGAUUGUCUCCAAGAAAUCAGCCGCUAUGGUUCAGAGCGAAAGUAUCGCCGCAAUGGAUCGCAACGUCAGCAACUUUUCAGGUUUUACUAACGCUCGCCACAUGCCCUGUGGAAUUGAGCGCGAGGUGGUCAUCAUGAAGCUCAUCGAGCAUCAUAAUGUAAUUAGUCUGUACGAUGUGUGGGAGAAUCGGGGCGAGCUUUAUCUGGUUCUCGAAUACGUCGAGGGGGGGGAGCUAUUUGACUACGUGUCCAAGAAUGGUCCACUCCCAGAGGAAGAAGCCGUUCGCCUGUUCCGCCAAAUCAUUGCAGGAUUGGGGUACUGCCAUCGUUUCAACAUUUGUCACCGUGACUUGAAGCCUGAGAACAUUCUGCUCGACUCCCACCACAAUGUCAAACUUGCAGAUUUUGGUAUGGCGGCCCUGCAACCCGCAGGUCACUGGCUCAACACCUCUUGUGGAAGCCCUCAUUAUGCCGCACCGGAGAUUAUUUACGGCCGCAAAUACCGCGGCGAUCGGGCGGAUAUGUGGAGCUGCGGAAUUAUUUUGUAUGCCCUUUUGACGGGAUACCUUCCCUUUGAUGGUGGCGACUUGCCCAACACGUUGCGACUGGUUAAGAAGGGCGAAUAUAUGAUUCCUUCCGAGUUAAGCGAUGAAUCCGCCGACCUCAUCCAACGAAUUUUGCAGAAACGGCCAGAGGAUCGGAUCUCCAUGGCUAACAUUUGGCAACACCCCCUCUUGACCAAGUACGAAAAGCUGCACAACGCGAUGACUGAUCAAUACAUUGGUCCUCCGCCCAAGCUCUCUAUCAAGGACUGCGGCAAGCCAAUCUCCUGUCGCCAGGAUAUAGACAUGGACAUCUUGCGAAACCUACAGACACUGUGGCAUGAUGUCAAGCCAGAUGCUUUGAUCGACAGAAUCCUUUGCAUAGAACCAACCCACGAGCGAAUGUUUUACAACGCACUUGCCAAGUUUCGUGAUGAACAGUUGGAGAAUUACCAAGGCCAACCGUUGGAAUACUCUGCAAGUGACUAUCACCAUAUAUCCCGUCCCGGAAGCAAGCCUCGCCGAGGUCGUAGCCAGAAUGGACGGAACAGCUCAAAACGUCGAUCUCAGGUUUCCGUGGUCAAAGACAUUCGUCACAGGAUAACCUCGCCGCAGGAGCCCAAAUCGUGUGCCAGCGUGGAGAGCUACGAUCCGUUCCGGUCACCCAAACACCAUGCGACAUUGAAGGAGGCUAAAUAUGCCCAGGUCACGAUUCACAGGGCACUAGAAGAACAUGCUGAGAUGGUCGCCUCGCCCGUUGUCAAGCCACCUCCAUCAAUCGUAGAGGAAGAAGAGCCUGAUGAAGAUGAUGAUGGAAUUGAGAACUCACCCUUCACGGUUCUACAGAAGCGAAAGCACAAGCCCAGCUCGAUGAAGUCCUUCCAAUCUUCCAAGGUUCCCCUCUCCAGUUCAAGAUGCCCGGGUCUAUCCACCCACUCGACCAGCUACCGUCGCAAUGUAUCUUUCCGUCACGCACGCAACAAGUCUCAAGGAUCGACCAAGCCAAAGAGGAGAAAGACAGGCCAGAACCAACUACCAAACCCACAGACCGAUCUCAAGAGGUCUCCAAGCGCCGCCAGUCUUCAGAUGAUUGCUGAUGGUCAUGACAUACCUCCGAUGCCGAGUAGCCCACCUCUCCCAGCCCAGCCAACUGUUGUCCGACCAAGCGGGGUUAAGGUCCGAAGCUUGGGUCAGGCCAGAAAGGUUAGGGAGUCAGACAUAAUCUGGAAGGAAGACACCCGGAAGGUAUCUCAUGAACUCAGUCAGAUUUGCGAAGAGGCGUUCAAUGGUAGCUCUGUGACCACCAUCCGCACCGCCAGCACCGAAGCCGGAUACGAGACACCCGCAACUCCAGUCUCAGUUGCCAGUCAGGAGCAUUUCGUUAAAGUUCCGAUCAAGGCAUCGGCCGAUAUAUUGAAGGCUACUCCGAAGGAGUGCGGUCGCUCAUACAGCAUUCAGGAACUCACUGAAACUCGACGCAAGCUUGUGGAGCACAGCACGGGUCGAAGUGAUAACAUCCCGGGAUACCUUUCUGGCUUCAUUGGCCAUCUUGAUCGCUUAAUCGAAGAAGAUCAAACACAGCACGACCAUCAUAUUGAUAGGGAAGACAGCAAUUUGCCAGUGGAUCACUACCUCGUCGCGGAGGAAACCUCACUUCCCGUUAUCACUGAAGAGUUCGCCAGUCCUGUCCGUGCCCCCCGCGAGAAGACCCCCAAGCUCAAGCAUAAGCCUCGUUUGCCGCCGCCUGGGCAGCGUGGAGGCGAUGCUCGAACCACUAUUCGGAUGGUCCCGCACAGCUCCCUGCGGUCCAUGGAUGAGGUGAAACCCUUGAUGAUUCGCAAGAAAAUACCGGGUAUGGUAUCGGAUUCCCCAGAGAAGGAAAUCAAGGAUUCCGGUCGCAAUUAUUCCGCCAGUUCCCGACAGACUCGUAAUGUCUCUGGCUUGGAGCGAAUUGACGAAAGCCCUCCAUCCCCUGAGCGCAAUACAGGUUCCUACAGCAAGAAGUGGUCGUGGUUUAAGACCCGUUCACACGUUCCUGACAGUCCGCCAUUGCCUCCUCCCAAAGAACGUCAGCAAAUCAUUCCGAGCAAUGGAACAAUUGUUCACACUCCUGUUGACCUGACGGGAUCGCCUCCCAAGCCGGAGGAAGUGCGAGCCCCUACCCGAAAGACGUCCAUGGAACGCUUCGGUGGUACUCUGCUGAAGAAGCUGAUGCCAAAGAAGUCGAACAAAAACAUGGCUCAGUCUGAGACGGGUAAGUCAUCCAUCCGCGACAUUCUCGAGCAUACGCUAAGCCAUACCAAAGACAAGGACAGACCUUCUUCAAAAGAUCAAAACCGCAACUCUGCACUCAUGUGCAAGGGAUUCCCCGACCCCGAGAGCUCCUUCGAGGCCGACGAUCUCCAUAGCCCGCCUUCGAUGAAGCGGCGCUCUAUCGCUAACCACAAUUGGUUUGCCCGUGUUUUCCAGAUCAAGCCAGCGUCCCGAGUCAUCGCUCUCAACACUUCCAAGGUCAAGAGUCGCAAGGAAGUUUACAAGCUGCUCCGUGAUUGGCGAGACUACGGCAUGGAAGACGUGUACAUGGAUAAGAGCAACAGCACAGUUCACGGUCGAGUGAGCGAGGCUAACUUCCUUCGUCUCCGAGAGGUGGAAUUUACUGCUGAGUUCUAUACCGUACUUGAACAUGGUCGCCAAGCCAACCUCAGUCUGGUCCGUUUCAAGCAGGAACGUGGCGCUGCGUCUUCAUUCAACAAAGUCGUUGAGACUGUUCAGUCUAUGCUGAAAUCCCGAGGCAUGCUUGUGGAAGACCCUGCUCGGGCCAAGAAAAUGUCCCGUGUGCUGGACACGGUUCCUAAUGCUUAA